AUGGUGGUUACUGUGUCUGAUUCCGACGAACGCGGAAAGGCUUCAACGGCAAAGGAACGCCUUGGGAAGAGCGUAUUUAUUGGAUAUCCCUUCCUCCAAGAAGCGAAGGUAGUCAAAGUUACCGAUGAACUUUUGAGCUACACCCUGAAUGCGAAUGGGCAGUUGAUGCAGUCUCCACUGAGCCCGAGGGAAAUGGAGAAUUUCCAGAAGAAGUCGGACAGGGUCGAGGCAAUGUACAGCAAGAAGCUGGGCGUCGUCAUCGGCCCGGUGGAGUCUAUUGUCCAUGUGGAACCCCUCCGUGGUCUGAAGAAAACUCCCGAUGGGGCUACAGUCAAAGACUACGCCGAGGUUCCAGGCAUUGAAACGGAGUAUGCGGCCCAAACCGUCGUGGAAUCGGUGUUCAGCGAAGAUCAGCGAUUCCUCGAGAAAGCAGCCGUUCCAUUCGAGGAAGAGUUCCCCAUCGGUGCCCGCGCUUUCUUCCUUGGCGAGAUGGCAUACGGCCGACCGCUCGAAGUUGCGAGCCACCUCUCUGCGACCCAUGCGGAAGUGCUGGUCCUGACGCAAAAGGGCAAGGAGCAAGAGUUUGGGCGUGACAUCGUCCGUAUAGCGGAGCAACAAACGAGAUACACGCCGUCGUUCGCGGUUGCGCGGAUGCUUCAUCUUAGUCCCCUGGUGUUGAGCAGGCUGACGUCGGCAUUUUCGGUCAACUCCAGUGGACUCCGCCUGAACUUGGGGCUCAACUUGAAGUUCGAGUCCAAGAAGCAAAAGGUCCUUGGAUACUCUCGCAAAUCAACCUCCGGGUGGGAGUACAGUCCAAAGGCAGUCGAGCUGAUCCAGCAAUACAUGAUCCGAUUCCCGGAGUUCAUAGCUGGAGUGAGUGCGAACCCGAAGGGCGAUCUCUACGAGGACACCGACUUCUACCCUCAAGAUGUCGCUGCGGCGAAAAUGAAAGAGAUCGGCCAAUGGCUGAAGUCCAUUGAAGCCAAGAGCUUUGAACGUGUUUCCCUGGAAGCCGAGCAGCUCGACUCCGAUGUUGUGGCACAGAUUGAGCAAAAGGCGGACCAGAUCAGCCAGAACUCGCCUCCGUUCGAACGGAAGCGCAUCAAGAGCGUUCCUCGCAAUGCCAUCCUCAAGCCAUCCGACGCGGAGCAACGCAUCGGUCCUCAGCGUUUCCAACUCGGCGAUCGUAUCGUCUACGUCCUUGACUCCGGUCGUGUCCCCAUUGGUCUGAAAGGAACUGUGGUCGGCAUGACCCGCACGUCGCGGACGAUGUUCCUGGACGUCGUGUUCGAUCAUACAUUCAUGUCCGGAUCGUCCCUCGGUGAGCGGUGCUCGCCAUUCCGCGGAUCCACCGUUCCAGCCGAGAGUGUCCUAAAUCUCACCGACAAGCAAGCCAUCGUUUACACGUCCGCUUCCUCUGCUCGAAAUCCAAACCAAGCCGCCGAACCGCUUACGGUGCCUGGCUACUACGGUGCUCCUGCCGCCGCCGGUGGUGCAGGCCAAUACCGCGCCGCCCCAUCACCCGCGCCGCUUCGCGGAUCGUUCCGCGGUGCCUUAUCUCGAGGCAACAACGGCACGCCUCGAGGCGGUGCCCGAGGGCAGUUCCAACAAUCCCUCCCCUUCCGCACCGCCGAGCAAAACACCCCGCCCGCCAACGAAAACGGCACCUACGCCAUUAUUCAAUCUAGCGCAACCCGUGCUUGA